GCACUGUUUGCAUUGCCCAAGUUAACAGCUGAUUAAAAUUCUUUUUUUUAUAAAGUGCAUUUAUUUGUUUUUAACCCAUUGAUUUGGACUUCAGCAAUGUCACGGCUAGCUUUAUUGCGCAACUUGGUCAGCCAGCGGCAGAACCUGCUGCCCACCAACUUUACCAGGCUAAGAUGUGCGGCAGCAAUGCACUGGAGUCCACAUUUGCGGCAGGAAGCAUCGCGCGAUGGUGGCGGAUCACUGCAACGAUCGCAGGAUAACACGCAAGUGUCUACGGAUGUGCGCCCGAUUGGUGAGAAGAUCAAGGAGAACACGAAGACGGCCAGCUACACGGCCAUUAUCAUCGCCGGAUUGGGGGUGACCUGCGUGAUGUUCUUUGCCAUAUUCCGGGAGCUAUUCUCAAGCGAGAGUCCAAACAAUAUAUACGCAGACGCAUUGAAACGUGUUGUUGAGGAUCCGCGAGUUCAGGAUGCGAUUGGAGCGCCCAUCAAGGGAUUCGGCGAGACAUCCAGGCGGGGUCGCAGGCAGCAUGUGGCCCACUCCAGCUACGAGCGGAAUGGAAAGCCCCACAUGCGGAUGCAGUUCUAUGUGCAGGGCUUGAGGAACAAGGCCACCGUGCAACUGGAGUCCAGGAGGUCUAACUCUGGCAAACUGGAAUACCGCUAUCUAUUCGUGCAAUUGGAUCACUAUCCCCACACCACCAUCAUUCUGGAAGACAAUCGAGCCUUUGAUCCUGCUCCCGAGCCUGCGUCCGCUGCAUCUUCCUUUGGCAACCUAGCCCUGAUGUCUAAUAACCAGGAUAAAUAGGCGGAUCACUUCGAUCCUAUGUUCUGCACUUAAAUUUUCUGUACAUUUGUUAUAUUUAUUAUUUGACUGACAAUGAAUAAGCAUUGGAAAACCAGUAA